CUGCAACGCCUAUUAAACGUGCGAGUAAAAAUUGUUACUGCCGAUUAAAAAUAAAACACAUUUCAUUCACUGCCCACCGCCCGAAUGAUGAAAAGUUAUUCUAUAUUUAAAACUAAAUGGAAGUGAACAGUUUAGUUAAACACAUUUGAGGCAGAGCUUGUUGAAAGCCGACGACCGACCGGAGCAGUUUGUGUUCUUUAAAUACUUUAUUUUGGCGCAGUUCUGAGUUUGCUUGUAAUUACUAAUGUGUUCGUAGGAACGCUCCCGUUCACACAGUCACAGAAGCAAGCAGCAUCGGCUCAUCUCAGUCGGACUUGUUUGUUUUGCUCAGUUGUAAAAAAUUGUAUGGCAGACUGCAUACAGUGACACCGAAGAGAGAGAGUUUGCAGCCGUUUUCAAGUUGACUCAGAUUGAUUUAAAGUGAACUGGAGUCAAACUGAAGUCAGAAUAUUGUCUAUAGAUGGAUUGAUACAACAUCAUGGAAACAUCAAAUUCUAAUCACCACACACCACCAGUCACAAUGAACUCCACAUCUCAAGAGAUGGAGUCCCCAAUGGAGAUUCCUUACAUGGAUGAGGAAGUCCCUGUCCCGUCUCCCCCGUCCUCCAGGUCGGGGACGCUAAAGGCACGUAAGAACUCCAAGGGGAGAAGUCCUAAAUGCUCCCCCUUGAUGAUGAAUAAGGAGAGCAGCAUCCCCAUCGUCAGGCGAGAGGCGGAGAAGGUCAUGGACAUGUUCUUGAAAAGAAGAAGCAUGAGCAUGAACGACGCAAUACUACAGAAGGAAUUCUUCGCCCAGGAAAGACGAAAGAAGAAAGAUCGCGCACCACGCAAUAAUACAGUGUCGAUAUGCUCCACAUUGAGCACUGACUCAAGCGAAUGUCGUAACAGUGGUGAUUUUGAAGAGGCAACACUCCAGAGGAGUAAGGGCAGUUUUAGUCGUGCAUUGGAGCAUUCAGUCCUCCCGGACGAUAUCAAACGGGAACAGUCUUCAGCUGAUGAUGAACUGUCAUCGUCAGAUCAUGAGAUGGACAAAGAGAAGUCCCGAUCUGCACCGUCCACACUACGGAUGCAGGUCGGACCACUUACUGAAGAGGACCGUGAGAAGUUGAGAUUUUCAGGUAACGGCUAUGCCCACCAUGAUAAAGAAGGUGUUAAGAAAGACCACAAGAAAAGAGAUAUACCAAAGAGGCGGAAGAGCUUGCUGGACAAGGCAAAGCAGAUUAUGCGCUCCCCCAGCAUGCAGAGGAAAAACGAACAUUCAGAGAAGGACAAAGAGGGCCCAGUAGGUCCUGAAGAAACAUCAGCCAGUCGCUCAAUCGUUCACCAAGAGAUGAAGCAUACUGGUUUCGCUAAUAGACUCAAAAGGACUUUCAAACGGGACUCGCGUAAAAGUUCUCUAAAAGGCAACGAUGCUGACACAAACAAUGCUCUUGGUUCUUCAGACUCUAAGGAGUCAACCAAAACAAGGCGAUGGCCAAGCUUCCUAUCAAAAAGGAAACCACACAAGAGUGCGUCGACUCCUACAGACGACAGCCUAGCUGGUGCAACCCCCUCGGAUACUGCCUCAAAUGCUGACUGGGCUUCGUCGAUGAGUGACUACGACCACACAAAAUCAUUGACUGAGUUUGACAGACAGAAGCUGCUCAGUGAAAUCCACAAUGGUGUUCGGCUUCGUCAGGCAACCAUCGCAACAGGGAGUGAUUCCCAACUCAAUACCAAGAAGUCUCCCCUUGCAAAGAGCCCCCAUCUACCUAAUGAGCCAAGCGGGCUCGUUAGCGGGCUCGGGUCCACUGGAACACAGACUCCAUCCUCGGUUCUGUCUAGCUCACAGGAGUCAGGAUUGUCCUCUGAUUGGUCCUCCAGCUCAGGGAAAGGAGGAGGUAAACAACGACCCAGAAGUCUCAACCUCACAAGGUCAAAACGACAUGAGAGGGCAAAACAGGGAUUGAAUGACGUCUUCAAACUUGAUAGAAUUACUCCUGGUCAUGUCCGUCGAGACACAGAUACGAGGAAACCAGUCAUGCCGACUGCGUCCAGGCAUGUCGACAAUGACCUGGAGGCUGAUGGCGUAGAUGAAGAUGGAGAAAUCUCAGAUGAGUUGAGAUAUGGUCAAGAAACGGACGAGGAUGCAACGUUACAAAGACCAUCUAAGAGGGAGCGGGAAGAGUUCUACAAACGUAUCGCCGACCGCCUGGCACAGAUUGGUGACCGAUUUGUAACAGACUACCAAGAAGGCGGCAAUGGAGGGGAACCUGGUGGCCCUGUUGUAAGUGAAAAGGUCAAGGAAUUGGCAGCAUCAGCAGCGGUUGUUGAAAUGAGUACAAGAGGUGGCGCCACAGGAUCAGAAUCUGAGGAGAGACUGUAUGAAGCCAUAGGUGGACGGAUAACUGACCAUGUGGAUGGCUACAGAAUGAAUGACCUGAUUGAUUUAGAGCUACAAAUGCUAGGUGUCGUGUUACCUUCACCUCAAUCACCCAAUAUUAGUGUCUCAAUGUCCCUUCUGUCGGUGGUUCGAGACCACACCUACACCGUCUUUCGGGACACCAUGCAGUCCCUGAUUGGCCAGGACAAUGGCAUGGAGCAGCUGGCCUUGGUCUUCAAGUUCACUAAGCUUGCGAUGAAGAUCGCGCAGCACUAUGGGUCGAGGGCGACAGACAUCAAGGAGAACAGUUUGCGUUACAUCGGGGACCGCUUUGCUGCCUGGUUGGACAGCCAAGGAGGAUGGAGCGCGGUUGUGUACACCAGCGAUUCGGAAGAGGAAGAUAAACACGAUGAGUCUGAAAUUGACUGAUGACGGGACCAACGUAAGAUUCCUUACAAUUUAUCACUAAUGAGCAGAGAAGAUCUGCAUUUUGCAAUUUGUUGUUUGUUUUGUACUUAAGAUGCUAUUAUCUUUCAUCAGGAAUUUGUUUUUAAUGAUAAUUAAGAAACUAUUUUGAAGUGAUAUCUUGAAAGAUACAGUUUGUUUGGUACUAUCUGUUUUCUAAUGAUUUCAAUUAAAUUGUCAAAAGUAUCGUCACAUUACUUGGAUAAAAAUGGCCUAAGAAAGAACAACAAGGUUGUUUACAUUGUUAGUACUAAUCCUAUUCCCUACAUAUCCUGUAUUCAUGUUGACCCAAGUGUGACCUUCCAUCUUUGACCUUUGUCCUGUUCCAGUAAACAGAGUAAAGUCAAAACUUGAUCUAUAGGCAGCUUUGGAUUGAUACUCAAAGUUCAAGUGAUCACGUAAGGAGAAUUGGAACGAUGACUAAAUAAGUAAAUGUAAGCAGGAUACAAUGUGAAAGGGGCUGUUUAAUUUAAAGGAUUGGGCUGUUUUUUGUAACACAAAACACAGCUCCACAGAUUUACAUUAAACUUUCACCGUUUGAAGAUAAUGAACGUAGACAGCUUACCUUAAAAUAUUAGUUGCUGAGGUGCUGUAGAUUUUAAUUACAACUUCUUAAUUAAUUACAACCAGUUGAUUUUCUCAAUUUGUACCAUGUCAGUAAAUGGCUAGACUCACUGAUAAGGUUGUUAAUUUGUACAAACAAAUCAUUGUGAAUUAGGGUGCCAGCCGUCCAUCGUAUCACACAUCAUUCAGCCAUUUCAUACAUGAAAAUUGUGCAUGUUGAUUGGCCAAAAAUGCAGUUGUGUGCGAGAACCUGAAGUGUUUAAGGUAUUUAACUGCUAACUUCAAUUACUUAUUGUCAGUUUGGGAAGCGAGUCAAAAACAACAACAAACAAACAAACAAACAAACAAUUGCUGACUUUACUCUUUAAGUGUGGAAGCAAAUCAUGUACAUUUGUGACUAAGUCAAGUACUGAGUUUGUCCUUUGUAUAUAUGCUAAAUAUUUUGAAAACUAUGAUCUAAUCUGUUUCGCUUUGUCACCAAAUUGCAUCUGUUAUAUAUACUGUAAUGUACUUGUAAUGUACUGUCUUGUAAUAUAAAAUGUAAUGUUAGUGUACAGAAAUGGUCCGCUGCAACCUUAAGAUAUUGUACAUUGUUCCUGUUAAUGUCAACUGUAUGUAAGAGGUUAUAUUAAUAGUAUUUAUUAGUACAUACAAGUAUGUUUACCUCUUGCAGUUACAUCUCUCUUUUUGUUUUUUGGGGGUUUGUUUCAGAUGGGGGGGGGGGCAGGUACAUCUAGAUGUUUUGCUUGCCAAAUCUCAUGCUUGAUUCAUAGUUUAACACAUUUCUAACUGUUUCUUGUCCUAACUGUUUACCUGUGGAUGACUUUAAGUUAUUCUGAACUUGUUACGCUGAAUCUAUACUGUUGACAUAAAUUCACAAGUAUUGCUUUUAGAACGUAGUGUUGUUAAGUUGCCAUGACUCAAUCAGCCCAAAGUUGAUGGUUUCACUGCAUACUGGCAAACCUGGCAGCUUGCCAAUGUUCAUAACCAGACAUAAUAUUACUACAUCUAAGUUACAGUUGGUCACAUAGGGCAAUUGUCAGGCAACUAGUUCUCAGCAAUGUGCAUGGAGGCAAAAUAGUCAUAUUUCUAUCUCUAUGUAAGACACUGUUUCAAACAAAAUGUCCCUCUUACUAUCAAAAUAGUUUUAUUUAUAAAUACAAGCAUUGCAGUUUCUAUAAAUUGCAGGAUAUAAACUGUCUUUUGUGACAAGGCCUUAAGAAUGGUGCUGAGGAGGUGCUCAUACUUUUCUUAAAAAACAUCUUAACAGCCUUAUAAUGUUUCAAAAGAAAUUUUAAAACAGGAAUGGAACAUAACAUUUACAUCCUUCCUUUGGCAUUGUCUCCAAUCUUCCAUGUUCUUUAUGCAGGCACCCAAUGCUGUUGUGGUCUCUGCCCCAGCAACUCUCCUCUCCUUUACAUUAAUUAAAGGAACAGUUGCCUUGAAACGGAUGAGUUAGUCUAUAAAAAGCAUUUGAAACCGUUUGUUAUAAAAUGUAU